CAGGGUCCUUUUAUUCUUGAAUGGGGCUUUUGGAUCAAGUUUAUAUCAACACCAGUUAUUGUUUUGAUUGGCAUCAUAGGUAACAGCCUAUCUGUAAUGGUGAUGAAAACAAAGGCUUUGCGUCACAAAUCCUACUCCCAUUUCCUGUGCGCUCUCGCAGUAUUUGACACAUUAUCACUUAUCAUUCGCCAAAUUGAGAGUGUAGACGAGUACUAUGUAUCUCACUUAGCAAAGCCGGGAGUGUUUCAAUAUUUUGAUAGUUUAAGUUGUAAACUAUAUAACUACAUGGCCCACGUGAUCACACUGAUGAGUUCAUGGCUGGUUGUGUUUAUGGCUUUAGAAAGACUAAUAGCUGUCUGUUUCCCGUUCAAAAAUGCAGCUUUACGGAGACAAACGGGGGCACUUGCUGCUAUAUGUAUACUACUAGUUGUGAUUCUCAUAAGUCAAUCAUUUCGUUUCAUAAUGGUGGAGUAUCUAGUAUACGAUCUCGAAUAUGGCAUCUGGGAUUGUCUAGCCGGGCAAAAUUACAUUGAGCUUUAUACGAGUCUGGAUGUUUAUUUCUUCCAAUGGGCGUUAGUUUUUGUGAUGCCGGUAGUGUUGAUUAUCAUUUGUAACAGUAUGGUUAUCUACCAAAUAUUCAAAGUAAAAAGAGAAGUGCAUAGAACUGAAAGAAGCAUGACACGUAGGCAGAGUGGUGGAGGAGGGAAGAAAACUCGGAGCACUGGAAUGCUGUUAACAGUGACGUUUACUUACAUCCUUACUCUACUGCCGUUAUUCACACUGAGUUUAAUCGUUGAUUUAACAAUAAAGUUAGGUGAUGUUGAAACAGCAAGACAUUUAUAUCUGACACUGACACCAUUCAUAGAUAUGUGCGUGUCUAUAUCGUUAUUGAAUUAUGCUGUCAAUUUCUUCGUUUAUGUGUUGUCGGGUAAACGCUUCCGUUUUGAACUACAAAGACUGUUAAGAAGACGGAACAACAUCCGUACAAGGACUUUUACUGCAAGAAGUACACGUGAGGAGAUAUUACGUUUGUAACUAGAUUUGUGUAUUGAAAGUAUGUCUGUAUUGCUGUUAUCAGAAAUUGGUGAAACGCAGCUUGUUUGUGACUAUGGUACACUUACUUCAUACGUUUACUGCCAAGUGUGUGAAUGAAAUUUGGUACUUAAUGUGAAAGUUAGU